GUGCGCAGAAACUACUGGCCAUCGCGUUAUACUUCAGAUUUACACUGAUGAAAACCAAUCUGUUCGCUACAAUAUGAUGUAAUAAAUUCACUGCAACAGAAGCAAGUGGUUGUUUACAUCGCAAAGUUCCAUCGAAAGUGUUGCUUUCCCUGUUAAUUUACAGCAUUGAAUGCUAUAAAUAUACUGCCAUUAAACUAAAGAGAAAUGGAAUUCGUUUUGGGGGGUGUGGCAGCUAUGGGGGCUGGUUUUUUCACUAAUCCCCUGGAAGUUAUGAAAACGAGGAUGCAACUACAGGGUGAACUCAAAGCUAGGGGGCAGCAUGCUGUCCAUUACAAAAAUGUAUUUCACGCCGGCUAUGUCAUAGCAAAACAUGAUGGUUUGUUGGCACUACAAAAAGGUCUAGUGCCGGGAGAGAUUUUUCAGUUGGUACUUAAUGGUUCCAGAUUAGGAUCUUACCAAAUGCUUAAGGACUACGGUUAUAUGAGCGACAAAGAUGGCAACUUAGUCUUUUACAAGAGCACUCUUCUUGGGGGACUGUGCGGAUCAUUCGGGGCCUAUGUAGCAAGUCCAUUCUAUCUCGUCAAGACCCACUUGCAAGCUGAAGCAUCUAAAGAUAUAGCUUUCGGCCACCAACACAAGCAUUCUGGAACAAUGGCAGCAUUCAAAAAAAUUUACGGUAAAGAAGGGGUGAAGGGACUGUUCAGAGGAAGUGUUUCAGCAGUACCAAGAGCGUUCGUAGGAUCUACCUCUCAAUUGACGUCCUUCGUUUACGUGAAGCAGUUCAUGAAGAACAACGAUAUUCUUCAGAAUUACCCUAUAGGAGGUUCAUUUGCUGCUAGUAUGGUAUCUGGGGUUAUUAUGUCCGUAUUCAUGACUCCUUUCGAUUUGGUAUCCACCAGAUUAUAUAACCAAGGGGUGGAUGCUUCUGGUAAAGGCUUGUUGUACAGUGGAUAUAUCGAUUGUGUAGUUAAAAUUUGGAGAUCGGAAGGAUUUUUAGGCUUCUACAAAGGAAUAGGACCCAGCUAUCUCCGACUAGGACCACAUACAGUAUUGUGCUUAGUUUUUUGGGAUAAGUUGAGAAUAAUGUACAGUGAUUUUUCAAAGUGACUGUUACGUUGAGUUUAUUUAAAGAAUAGAUCCAAUUGAUGUUGUAUUGUAACAAUAUAUUUUA